CUGUCGUACAGCAAUCAAAAUGUAUUUAGUUACGUGUAAAUUAACCGGUUACAGUUUUGCUGGCCUUUGAAUGUCCUCCUUUCCAACACAGAAGGCGUGGUUUUGAUAUACACUAAUAGUAGCCACAGUAGGAAAUAUUAUUGUGAGCACGCAUCUGUGCUACACAGUACAGGAUGGACUGUACCAGGACUGUUCUGGUGACUGGAGGCUCAGGGUUUAUUGGCUCCCAUCUUGUGUGUUCACUAGUGAAAAAAUUCCCUGACUGGAGGAUUAUAAACCUAGAUAAUUUGGAUUAUUGCUGCAGCCCCAAGAGCCUGGAGAGCAUUGAAGAGAGAGAAAACUACACCUUUGUCAAGGGAGAUGUCUGUGACACCUGGUUGGUUGGCCACAUUUUUAGCAGUUAUAAUAUUGAUUUGAUCUUCCACCUGGCAGCAAAAACACACGUUGAAUCGUCAUUUGAGUCUCCAUCAAUUUUCAAGUGGGUUAACAUUGAGGGUACAGAAGUUUUACUGAGAGCUGCUCAUCAGGCCCAAUACCAGCUGCAGCGCUUUAUUUAUGUCAGCACCGAUGAAGUAUAUGGGUCCAGUCUUCACAAGGUGUUUGAUGAGAGUAGCCCAGUGAGGCCUUCAAAUCCAUACUCUGCCACCAAAGCAGCAGCAGAGUUCCUGGUCAGAUCCUAUUGGGACAAAUAUAAGUUUCCAAUUCUGAUAACGAGAAGUAACAACAUCUACGGGCCCAGACAGUACACUGAGAAGGUCAUUCCCAGGUUCCUCACCCUCUUGCAUAUGAACAAGAAAUGCACCAUCCAGGGAACUUGCCCUAAAUCUCGACAUUUCUUGUUCAUUGAUGACGCCAUUGAUGCUUUACUGCUGCUUAUGGAGAAAGGAAAUGAUGGUGAAAUCUACAAUGUGGGAGCGAGCUGUGAAAUCCCCAUUAUCCACCUUGCCAAGGAACUCAUAAUAAUGGUCAAGAAAGAUCCAGAGGUGAAUAAUUGGCUGGAGUUUGUGCCUGACAGGCCACAGGUUGACCUACGAUACCCCAUCACAUGUGAAAAGCUGCAGCAGCUGGGCUGGAGAGCAAAGGUGCCCUGGGCUGAGGGCAUCAGACAGACAGUGAAAUGGUACCAAGACAACCCAGACUUCUGGUCAGACACAAGCAACACGGACAUAACACAUGGACAAAUCAGAAGCAAACCUGAAAAUUAAGUAUUCUCCAGGGUGCCAUCCUCUUCAGUGCUUUCCUUUUACUGUAAAUGCUGUAGCUUUGUAGCUGAUUUAUAACUCAAAACCUGAAUAGCUGCUCAGUAGUCCUUAAAUGAUCAUCAGACCAAAUAGACCUCUAGUGCCUUGAGAUGAAGCUGCUUUACUUGAAUAUUCACUUGUGUGUUGAAGAAUGUUUUUACAGAUUCACUGGUUUAUUUGUGCAAUGCUUGGGAUUUGAAACAUGGAAAAAGGAAAUGAAAAUGUAAAACAGAACGUAUGCAGAAAUGUGAGAAAAUGUAAAUAAACAAAGGACCGUGGGACCAAAAUAUGCCAAAGGACUAAUAUUGAUAAUAGUUAACACAAGGUUCUAUGGUCAUAACAAACAUAUAAUUGUUUGACUCAUGUUAUCCUUUACUUGUGUGACUGUAGAAUCUUUUCUUUUUACCUUGCUGGAGACUGUUAACUCCAGAGGUCUAUUUAUUCACUGGUCACCUUCUGUCUGUAAAUCCACUUACUGUAUGUCUUUAUUCAUAAUCAUGUUCACUGAAAUCAGUUUUAAUCAUCA